AUGUCUACUCCCGCGAAGCCUCAGAAUGUGUGCAAAGGGUGCAGGUCAAGAAAGAAGAAAUGCGAUGGUAAUCGACCGUCGUGCUCAUCAUGCACCGUAAGAGGGCAGCUCUGCUAUUAUGAAAGAAGCGACAGGCGGAAUCUUGGUCGUGAUCGAGUUUCCGGUCAUGUAAAUGGAGGAAUCGCCAUAAACCCCACGAUCCGGGACUGGAAUUCAUGGCCGGUGGACGAAAUCGACGCGUUACUAGGCUUAGAGGCCCAUGAGACUAUCCCAUCUUGUAUGGCUGGGCCACAGUUUGAGGAUUCUCACGAGUGGAUAAUGUCCAACAAUGAGCUGCUGGGAGCUGCUGUUCAAGAUUCUUUCCCUGCUAACGUGAACCUCGCUAAACUUCAAAAUAUCGGUUCACACACGCCACAUGUACCUACGCCUCUAACGUCACCGCCAGAACUACCAGAGCUACCAGAGAUACUGCAGUUGAUCGACUUGUUCCUUGCCAAGUUCCAUCUCUAUAUGCCCAUAUUUCACCGACAAAGCCUAAUGUCUGCUAUUGAGUCUCAAGGCAUCCAGGGAGUACCGCCGGUCUUACUCUUCUCCAUCAUCGCUGUUUCAUCCAGUGCCCACCCUGACUCACGGAUUCGACAAUCUCAGAGAAUCUGGUACGAAGAGGCAAAGAGCCGGGUCUCCAAGGAUAUCCAACUUUCGCAACAUGUUCUUCAAACCUUGCAAGCCGCAGUCCUGGUCGUCUAUUUAGGACUCGCAAUGGUGGAUUAUUCGCCUUGUAUAGUCAUUCUCGGCGAGGCUUGGAGAAAGACUGUUGCUAUUGGCCACAGCUAUGGCGAUAGCUUGAGAAAGAUGAUUGUGGAAUCGUUAGGCACCCAAGAAAAAGCAACGUGGAUAGAGAGAGAGGAGAUUAUAAGAACCUCGUGGAUGCUCUUCAUUAUGGAUCGAGCCAUGUGUUUUCCGAUCGGGCUGAUGCAUGCAAUAGACGACCGGAGGAUGACGAUUGAGCUUCCAAUGUCAGAGCAUGACUUUCAAAGUGCCAAUGAACCUGUUUCAAGGCAUUCUAGUCGCUUCAGCCACAACCUAAGUAAACUGAUCUCAACAAUUCGAGAUAACAGCUUGCAUGGUGUCGCAAAUCAGCUGCAAUACAUCAUUUUGGUGUAUACCUUAAUAGGCCGCAUUAGCGAAGCGCUUGACGCUGCCGACGAUGAAGAAGAGCGCAUAGAGCGAAUAGAGUCGCUUUGCAACCAUCUCAUUGAGGUUCGCCUGAUGCUUCCGCGCUCUGCCACAGAGCUUUCAUUUGCCAGCUAUGAUGAAUUUACCCAGGUCCUUUGGCUGAAUAUCGCCUUGAGCACCUGUACUAUCCUCUUACAUCAGAGACCUCUUCACGAAGGCGAAUCCCUCGACGAUACUGGAACGGAAAUGGCCAACAACUGGCCUCGCUGCGUCGCGGCCGCUCGGGCCUCAAUAGCUGCCCUUCGAGAUGCUUCUCGCGUGUCCAUUGAUUUCGUGAGCAAUGCGCAUAUUCCCUGCCUGCUCUUUUCCAGCUGCAGAAUCCUGAUGAAUGAAUACUUUUGCCCUUCGAAACAUCAAAGAGAAGCUGGAGGCGCAGACGGUGGCCAGCUGCCCAUGGGUCGCGAUCCCAAGGUGCGAGAAGACUUGCAGGUCAUUGCUUCGACGUAUGCAAGAAUGAAGGAAGAGUGGCCCGCUCUGGGUAAAAAAUUCGGCAAAGGAAUGUAUUUUUAUCUGCAUCAAGGGGCAGAAUUUGCGCGAAAGUCAAAGGUUGCUGGCGCUCGAAGUCUAGUUGGAGUGUGCGACAACUGGGGGACUAUUCCUGAUGACUAUAAGCUGGAUAUUCCGAGCUGAAAAAAGCAAGCCAGAGAAAUGACUUUUAUGCAGUGGACUGGAAAAAGGCUUCAAUUUGAAUGAUAGGGAAAAGAUGGCGAGGUAAACACUAGGAACAACAUCUAUUCGUUAUACGACUUGAUCUAUUCUGGAACGCUAAAUAUCUUUCCCACAAUGCUGCCCCCUCUCUCUCGCGGCUUCAUCACAUCAAAUGCCAAAGGGCCUACUGUCACCAACAAGACGACCUCCAUGUGUCUCAAUAAUCGCUCCAGUGGCGAACGAAUCCUUCAUAGAAUAGAUGUAAGCCUCUGCAACUUCCUCAGGCGUCGCGACAGUGCCAGUGAUGGCGUCGUCUCUGAACAUUUUCAACAUCGGCUCGAGCUGGUCUGGAGGAAACAUGCCAAACAGCUCUGUGUGCGUAGCGCCGAGCAUGACGCUGUUGCACCUCACGGGCCUCAUAUCCACGGCGAGCCCGCGCACCAGACCCUCGCCAGCGCCUCCGCCAGAGGCGAGGAUGCCCCAGCCGGGAAGUGGGCGGUGGGUGUUUGUUCCGCCGGUCAGGGUGAAUGAGCUUUUGACGCUUGAGUUGAUGUACUUGGUCAAGUGUUUUGCGAGGAUGAUGGCGCUCGUGUUGCGGACCUGGAAGGUGGCGUGGAUGUCCUUGACCGUUACAUCCGCCAGCUUGGAAUUGCGGAGAGCAUCUCCCGCCGUGUAGACAACGUGGUCGAGCUUUCCGUCCUUUGUGGCAAACCCCAAGAGCUCAACAAUGUUGUCCUCAAGCGUUUCGACAUUUGCAAGAUCACAGGUCUUGGCUGAUACCAGCUUGCUGGCGUCUCCGAGGUUGGCCGCCUUGAUGUGCUCUUGGAGACGGGCGAGGGCGCCGUCCAACUUGGUCUGGUUGGAGCUGCUGAUGAUGACUUGGGCGCCGUGCUCGAGAGCGGCCUCGGCAACGCAGAAGCCCACGCCGGAAGAGGCGCCGACGACGAGGACGCGACGGCCUUGGAGCUUAUUGGUGUACUUGAGAGCAGACAUGGUGGUGAGCGAGAGCUAAGACGCUGAUGUUUGAUAAACUUUGCUGUGAUUGUGUUUGUAAUGUGAAGGACUGUGCUGUGG